UGAAACUGGGUGGAAGAAGAAGAAGAACUUAUCCUGCUUCCUGUUUAUAAUGCUUUUACUGCAGCGACAAUACUGUUUUUAGAGCUUUAGAGACUCAUGUACAAUGGACGGUGAUCAGGGUGGUGCUGAAGAUGAACCUUCUUCACUGCUGUGGGGACUGGACCCUGUGUUCUCUGCUUACGCCAGGCUUUACGUUAAAGACAUCCUACAGAUCAGAGAGUCUCGACAAGUUCCAGGAAUCUACUUCUAUAAAAGUCACCCGCUGUUCCAGGUGGAUGUACUCGGCACUGUGGUGUACAGACGGGAAAGAGAUGACUUUUAUUGUUAUGGAGUAGAUGAUAGUACUGGAGUUAUCAACUGCCUGUGCUGGAAAGAUGAGAAAUGGCGAGAUCAUGGAGACUCGGUAAAGGCUAGAGGUCCUGCUGGAGGUGGCUUUAAUGUCGAGGAGCAGUUGAGGAAGCUCCGGGAGGCACAGAGGAGCAGCUCAGUGCUGGAGAUUGGAGAUCUGCUCCGAGUACGUGGUUCCCUUAAAACCUCACGAGAGCAGAGAGAGAUCAUGGCCUCCUCAUUUUAUAAAGUGAAUGAUCCUGUGAUGAGUGUGCAGAUCUCCCGGAUGUUCGAGAUGCCUGAGCUCUACAGAGAUUGCUAUGACAAGCCAUUCCAGAUCCCAACAAGUGAGCUUAGUGCAGGUUCCACUGAACCCUCGAGUUUCCAGUCUGUUCUGGGUAAGGCGGUUCACAUCUUGAAGGAGUUCCUAAAAGAGAAGGAGGUGAGCAGGUUUCGACCUUAUGAUGUCGAGUACCUUUUACACCCACUGAUCCAACAGCCUGGUCCAAACACAGCAGCGGAACAGGAGCCUGGUUCUGUUCAGUUGAUGGUUCCUGCACAGAUCAGGAACCUCCUCAAAGAGACCCUGAAGAUUCUGCAGGUGGAGGGAGAGAUAUUCCGCAAAGUCCUGUCUCCGGAUGAGGUGUACAAUGUAACUGAACACGACAAAGAUCUGCUUGCGGUGAUUUGUAAUAUCUUGAGAGAGGAUUGCAAAAGAGAGAAAUAUGCUGAAAAGGGUUGCCAUGUGCUGCACAUCUUGUCCAGUGUGAGGCAGCGUUACAGCCGUAACCUGAGCAGAGAAGCCCUGGAUGUGGCGCUGAAGUUCUUAGAGUGUAACAGUGACAUCAUCAGUACAACAGAUGCCUAUUAUAUUGUUUUAUAAUAAGAGGGUUUGAAACGUUCCAGGAAAAUUACACACCCCAAAUCUUUACGUCGAAGCAAAGACCCUUCAAGUCGAGAGUUUCUUAAAGUGCCUGGCUGAGUCCUCAUAGAGCCGUGCAGGGGCUUGCUGUCAAAAUGCCUUUUCCAAACUUCUCGAAACUAUUUUUCUCAAAGAGAGAAGUCAUAAUUAUUGUUUGCAUUCAAGUAGAUUGUAGUGUUCGUCUGUCCAAAAUAAGCCUGUUUUACAGAUAGCAAUCAAUUUACAUGUUUUAACAGGGUGAUUUUUCUAAAUUGUGAUAAGAUGGAUCAUGUUCGAGUUCAGCUUUUUAAUAUAGCAUUUAAUUCAGUGAUUAUGAAAGACAGAACAUCUACAGAGCAAGGCUUUGCUUAUAGGGUUCCACCUACUCUUUUUUUUUUUUUAAAAAACACAAGUAGUGAGGGGGCGGAACGGUGGUGUAGUGGUUAGCGCUGUUGCCUCACAGCAAGAAGGUCCGGGUUCGAGCCCCGUGGCCGGCGAGGGCCUUUCUGUGCGGAGUUUGCAUGUUGUCCGCGUGGGUUUCCUCUGGGUGCUCCGGUUUCCCCCACAGUCCAAAGACAUGCAGGUUAGGUUAACUGGUGACUCUAAAUUGAGCGUAGGUGUGAAUGUGAAUGGUUGUCUGUGUCUAUGUGUCAGCCCUGUGAUGACCUGGCGACUUGUCCAGGGUGUACCCCGCCUUUCGUCCGUAGUCAGCUGGGAUAGGCUCCAGCUUGCCUGCAACCCUGUAGAACAGGAUAAAGUGGCUAGAGAUGAGAUGAGACAAGUAGUGAGUUAAGAUUUAACAUUUCAGGGUUUUUCUUUUUUUGUUAAAGUGACCGUCCCACAGAAUGAGGCAACUUUUCAGGGUAUCAGUGCUCUCUGUCUGGCAUUUUUUAAAAAGAUAGAUAGUUUUUUUUUUUUUUUUUUUUUUUAGAUUUUAAUUAAUUUGUCACCAAAAAUACAUUACAAUACAAAUAAAAAAAAAAAAAGUGGAACAAUUAUUGACUUAAACAGCUAAUUCAAACUAAAAUGGGGUGUGACGGGGAGGGGAAAAAAAACACUUGCGUCCCAAUUGCAAUCUAACCCCCUACAAUACUACAUACAUUAAGAAUAUACUCUAAAAGUACAUACAAGUAAAUAAGAAUAUGGCAAAGGAGUAAAAUGUAUAUCAAGCUAAAUUAAUAUCCAAUCUGGAGGACUAUAAGGCCCACACUUAGACAAAUAUAUUAGAUUGGUCUUUAAAGUAGUAAAUAGGUUAAUAGGUAGUAAUAGGCAGACCUGCCUAACAUUAUAAUAAAGACAUUUAUUUAUUUUCAAAUUGAAAAAAUAUAUUGGGCGGCACGGUGGUGUAGUGGUUAGCGCUGUCGCCUCACAGCAAGAAGGUCCAGGUUCGAGCCCCGUGGCCGGCGAGGGCCUUUCUGUGUGGAGUUUGCAUGUUCUCCCCGUGUCCGCGUGGGUUUCC